AUGCCUGACGGAGAGGAGGACUUCUCUUCUCUGCCGCUACCCGACCGAUUCGCACACAAGAAUUGGAAAGUGAGGAAAGAAGGAUAUGAGGAUGCGAGACAACAGUUUGAGAAGACUCCCGAUGAGUCGGAUCCGGUUUUCGUACCAUUUCUGCAAGAUCCCGGCCUGUGGAAAGGCGCGGUUUCAGAUUCUAACGUUGCUGCUCAACAAGAGGGUCUUGCAUCGUACUGUUCUUUUCUAAAGUAUGGCGGAGUGCAGGCUUGUACAAGAACACGCUCAGUAACAAUAGCUCCCAUUGUGGAAAAAGGCCUUCCAUCGACAAGACCGGCUGCGAAGGCUAAUGCACUGGAAGCACUUCUGCUCUGCGUCGAAUUGGACAAGGCGGAUCCGGUAAUCGAAGAAAUUAUUCCUAUUCUGUCGCACAAAGUUCCCAAGGUGAUUGCCGCAGCAUUAGGUGGUCUGAAGACAAUCUAUCAUAAUUUUGGUUGCAAGAUUGUGGAUCCAAAGCCAGUCUUGAAAGUUUUACCUAAAGUGUUCGGCCACGCGGAUAAGAAUGUCCGUGCAGAAGCACAGAACUUGACCGUCGAACUUUAUCGAUGGUUGAAAGAGGCUAUCAAACCGCUGUUCUGGGGUGAACUCAAGCCUGUCCAGCAACAAGAUCUCGAGAAAUUGUUCGAAAAUGUCAAACAAGAGCCGGCUCCAAAGCAAGAAAGGUUAACAAAAGCGCAACAAGAUGCCUUGGCUGUAGCUAGCGCCGCGCCGGAAACCGGUGGUGACAUGGAGGGCGGAGAGGACUACGCAGAAGAAGAUGAUGGUGAGGUAGAUGCAUUCGAUCUCGCAGAGCCUGUGGAUAUCAUGCCCAAGGUUCCCAAGGACUUCAACGAGCAGUUAGCGUCAUCAAAGUGGAAGGACAGGAAAGAAGCGCUGGACGCUCUGUAUUCUGUGCUGAACGUGCCAAAAAUUAAAGAUGGUCCAUUUGAUGAUAUCAUUCGGGGACUGGCAAAGUCCAUGAAAGACGCGAACAUUGCAGUCGUGACCGUCGCCGCCAACUGUAUCGACCUCCUUGCAAAGGGCCUGCGAAGCGCCUUUGCGAAGCACAGAUCCACGAUCAUGCCACCUAUCAUGGAACGGUUAAAGGAGAAGAAGCAGAGCGUUGCGGAUGCGCUGGGUCAAGCUCUAGAUGCAGUCUUUAUUGCCACUAGUCUGUCAGAUUGUCUGGAGGAGACUCUGGAAUUCCUCAAGCACAAGAACCCCCAGGUGAAACAGGAAACACUGAAAUUCCUGAUUCGCUGCCUUCGAACAACGAGAGACGUCCCAGCAAAGGCUGAGGUGAAGUCGAUUGCCGAAGCGGCCACAAAACUGCUCACCGAGUCGACUGAAGUCAAUCGAGCAGGAGGAGCUGAGAUUCUGGGUACCUUGAUGAAGAUCCUGGGCGAGCGUGCGAUGACCCCUUACCUGGACGGCCUCGACGAUAUCAGAAAGACGAAGAUUAAGGAGUAUUUUGAGAUUGCCGAGGUCAGGGCGAAGGAUCGACCGAAGCCAAUUAUUGGGCCACCCAAGGCUGCUGUACCAGCGGCCGGCAAGAGGGUCGUUGGAGGGAAGAAGCCAGCUUUGGGAAUGAAGAGACCACCACCGGCUGCUGCAGCUCCCCCGCCAGAAGAACCCGCGCCGAUCCUUUCUCCUCCCAAGCCUGCUACAAGAUCCAUCCCAUCAAAGCUUGGAGGCGUUCCCAAACCUGGAGGGCUCCCGGCUCCUGGUGCUGGCCUAAAGCUUCAAAGAAAGCUUGCAGGUCCGGGUGGCCUAACUUCUCCACAGCGUCGGGUUGUCUCCCCUCCUUCGGAAGAGCUGCCCCCAGCACCAGCGGCGCCGAAGUUCGGUCUCGGAAGGGGACUUGCAGGCCGUCCGAUAGCUAAGCCAUCAGCCGCUCCAGAGCCGGCACCAGCUCCAGUCGCACCACCUCAAGUGAGCGGGAUCUCUGCUAUUGAGCGAGCCGAACUCGAUGAGUUCCGUCUUGAAAGGGAACGGUUCAUCAAGAUGAUUGAGGAUCUGAAGUCCGAACGAACCAGACUCAACUCGCAGGUGACAGAGCUUCAGGAUCAAAACGCACAGUUGAUUGAAGAUCACACAAGAGAUGUGCUAAGCAUCAAAGCGAAGGAAACCCAACUAGUGCGGGCAAGAAGUGAUGCAGAGGCUGCUGAGCAGACGGUUCAGAAGCAGCAGAGAGAGAUCGACCGCCUGAAGCGGGAACUGGCGAGAGCGCUCCGCGCCAGCGCUCAGAGCCCUCCGAACGGUCUAGCAGACAAUCUCAAUAUGCCAAUUCCAGACACGACGUCGAUAUACCAGGAACCGGGCAUUGAGAAUUAUGCAGCCAUGCCCCGCACCAGCCUUCACAUGGGAGCUCGGUUUGACAGCGCGCGACCACGGAGCUUCGCAUCCGCCAGCCCUAGCGAGGAGAAAGAGAACAACGGCCUGGGAUCUCCAGGACUUGGCAGCAGGGACGGAGGGCUUGGUCGACGAAAGCUGAGUCCCUCAUUUGGAACCACUUACUCCGGUAUGGGCAGUCCCACGCGAUCGUCAGCGUUGGGAUCUGGUAGUGCUUCUGGAGAGGACCAACCUGUGAGGAGCUCAGAGCCAGCGGAGAAUUGGAAGAGAGCCGCGGAAGUCACCAGCCAACUCAAAGCCAGAAUCGAGCAAAUGAAGGCAAGACAAGGUUUAUCGCGCGGCCCUGCACAACGUUGA